UCAAGUUGGUACACAGUGUAAUUAAGUGUAGACGGUGUAGAUGUAAAGUAUAAUAAAUGUGUGGUUAAGAUUUGAGAUCCUUAUAAAUAAUUGAAAUUAGAAAAAUGAUUAAUUCGCGUUUAUUUAUCUCGAUUACAAAUUUAUUAAGCAAUUAUGGAUUGGCGAGAAAUUACUUGGCGAGUCUUAAAAGGGGAUACAGUGUUUUCCCACCUAUUUAUAUUAAACCAAUAUUUAAGAAAGAUGAACAAGAAGCGCUGUUUCAAAGCGAUGAAGCGAAAAAGAUUAAACAUGAACUAGUGAAACCAGCUUUAGCCACUGACACAUGUUCUGAUUUCUACGAUGAAAGAGUGCUGAAAUUUAUUAAUACUCUUAUGAAGGAUGGAAAUAAGAAAUUGGCAAAAGCAUUGGUAACUAAAACUUUUGAAGGUAUCAAAAGAAUACAAUUGGAACGUUAUCAUAAAGCAACAACGAGCGAGGCGAAGGCUAACAUUGAGUUGAAUCCAUUUGUAAUUUUUCAUCAUGCUGUGGAUAAUUGUACACCUAUCUUAAAAUUAUUGGCACAUAGGAAAGGAGGAAUUACUUAUCAGGUUCCUGUUCCAAUUUCACCUGGUCUAGCACAGCACAUGUCCAUGUUGUGGUUAAUUAAAGCUGCAAAUGAGAAAAACUCUCACAAAUUGAGAUUUUAUGAUGUAUUAGCUAAGGAAUUUGUAGCAGCUUCUCAGAAUCAGGGUCGUGCGGUUGCAUGGAAGCAAGAAUUACACAAGAAAUGUCAAGCUAAUCGGGCAUAUGCACACUUUAGAUGGAUAUAAAUAAGAUGUUAAUUUUACAUGUAUAAAUAAAAUGAUCUUAAAAUGUAACGACA